CCCAACCGUAAUUGCCAGAAGAAUCGUUAAAAAAUAUAUUCCGGCCACUACCCUCACAUGCUGACGGAACCGUUACUCUGAAUGCUGCAUUGUGAGCUGCACUCCAUGCCCUGAAUUUAAUCUCUCCCCCGCCUCCGAAUUUGCCUCUCUUCAAGACACAAGAUUAAGACAAAAUUUACCCUGAACUGGAUUUUAAAUGAUCCUCCGUUCAUUUAUCCUCUGCCUUCCUUAUGUGGAUAUGCAAGCGAGAAGAGGAGACUGCACGUUCCCAACAUCAUUCCCAACAUGCUCACUCCCUUAAUCUCUCCGUCUGCAGCUUUGGCUUCUACAACCGAAGGGAGUCGAGAAGUUGAAGAUGAAGUUCAGAGCAGAGUGCUGUUCUCUCAAGUUCUGGUUGGUGUUGGCUGUCCUGGCCGUGUCAGGCAGCAGAGCUCGUUCUCAGAAGAGCCCACCCAGUAUUGGCAUCGCUGUCAUCCUUGUGGGCACUUCAGACGAGGUAGCCAUCAAGGAUGCCCACGAGAAAGAUGAUUUCCACCACCUCUCUGUGGUGCCCCGUGUGGAGCUGGUAGCCAUGAAUGAGACUGACCCAAAGAGCAUCAUCACCCGCAUCUGUGAUCUCAUGUCCGACCGGAAAAUCCAGGGGGUGGUGUUUGCUGACGACACAGAUCAGGAAGCCAUCGCCCAGAUCCUCGAUUUCAUCUCAGCACAGACUCUCACCCCCAUCCUGGGCAUCCAUGGGGGCUCCUCGAUGAUAAUGGCGGACAAGGUAAGAGUGGCUGAAAUGGGAGGAGCCUGGGGUGGAUAG